GCACCAGCCAAUAGCUAUCCCCCCCCCCUCUUCAUCUUCCCAUUAUCCCCAACUAAAUUUUCUUUCCUUUCCUGUUUUUUUCUUUCCCUAUUUUUUCUGGGGUCUGUCGUUCCAAAAUAUGAACAGCAGCAACUGCAGGAGCGUCGGACAACACCACCAACAAUAAUAAUAUUGACAGAUAUACGGAUAGACAGGCGUUCAGUCGACAGACAGAUACGCUCAUCAAUUUCUGCAGCCGAUUUUUUAGUUGGUGCAUUCCUCCCUCCCAUUCUACUCACGACUGCCUGCCAGCUCCCCUUCAUCUUAACCAAUACAGGGUGUGAUGGUAUUCGGUCUGAGCGGAUGAUCAUGGCCACUGCCGCUGUUAUCGGACUUAGCACUGGUAAAAGGCUCCUCCUUGGUUCUACCUUUUACUAUUCCGAUCUCGCGGAAAAGCUCGCUUGCACCGCCGAUCCUCCCCAUCAAGUUGCCUCCACAAGGACCGCCAUAACUUCUAAAAAGUCGUCCAGUUUCGUUUCAAAUCGACCCUUGCGCUCCAUCAGAGUUCUUAAAGAACACGUCGACGAUACAGUCUCUGGUCCUUGUACUCUGGAGCCAUGGCUAAACGACGGUUCCAGCCACUCUAGUGGGGAAAAUUCCGAUCCUGAAUAUCUGGUUGAUGCCAUUCUUCUAUUACAAAAAUCUAUGCUUGAAAAACAAUGGAAUCUUUCAUCUGAGAUGUCCACCAGAGCAGCUAGUACAAAAGACACAGCUCACAAGAAAAUACAGGUUGCUUGUUCUGGAACCUCUGCUCGAUUUCGAAGGUUGGAUUCUAGGAGAAGGAUUCUUGGCCGGAGAAGUUCUAAUUCCCAACUUACUGCAAGCAAUGAGUGGAGGUCCUCUAUUGCUCCGGAACUACUUCAGAAUCGUUUGAAAGGAUAUGUAAAGGGCGUUGUGAGUGAAGAGUUGCUCACACACGCAGAAGUUGUCCAACUGUCUCAAAAAAUUAAAACAGGUCUUUUGUUGGAAGAACAGAAGUCCAGACUGAGAGAGAGAUUGGGAUGCGAGCCUUCAGAUGAGCAACUUGCUGCUUCCCUUAAGAUCUCUCGUGCUACUUUGCAGUCAAAACUAAUUGAGUGUUCUCUGGCAAGAGAGAAGCUGGCAAUGAGCAAUGUUCGUCUUGUCAUGUCCAUCGCCCAAAGAUAUGAUAACAUGGGUGUUGAAAUGCCUGACCUUAUUCAGGGUGGUCUGAUUGGAUUGCUUCGAGGAAUUGAGAAAUUUGAUUCUUUAAAGGGAUUUAAGAUCUCAACUUAUGUUUACUGGUGGAUUCGACAGGGUGUUUCAAGAGCUUUAGUGGAGAAUUCAAGAACUCUUAGACUGCCUACUCAUUUACAUGAACGAUUAAGUUUGAUUCGAAAUGCAAAAGCCAGAUUGGAAGAAAAAGGAAUUACUCCUUCAGUUGAUAGGAUCGCUAAAUGUCUGAGCAUGUCGCAGAAAAAAGUCAGGAAUGCGACUGAGGCGAUCAGCAAGGUUUUCUCACUUGACAGGGAAGCAUUCCCCUCAUUAAAUGGUCUUCCAGGGGAAACACUCCAUAGUUAUAUUGCAGAUAAUCAUGUUGAGAAUAGCCCUUGGCAUGGAGUUGAUGAAUGGGCACUUAAGGAUGAAGUAGAGAAACUCAUUACAUCAACAUUAAGAGAGCGGGAACGAGAAAUCAUUCGUCUAUACUAUGGCCUAGGGAACGAGUGUCUCACAUGGGAGGAUAUCAGUAGACGGAUAGGUUUGUCAAGAGAGAGAGUACGGCAGGUGGGACUUGUUGCCCUAGAGAAAUUAAAACAUGCUGCCCGGAAGAGAAGACUGGAUGCCAUGUUGGUUCAACAUUGAGCCGGAGGAUUGGAGUCUAAAAAUAAGCAAAGCAGUAAAGCAAGCAAGCACCAACAGGGAGGUCAUGUUUGUGUUAAACUAUGUAUGUAUAUAAACAGGAAGAGUAACAGUACGCACUCAUAUAUGGUUUGAGUAGUGAAGUGAGUGAGUGAUUCAGCGGCAGCAGCAGCAGCAGGGCUUGACAGAAUUUACUCUGGUAGCUUCCGCAAGAGUGGAUGUCAUGUCAGCAUUAUCCAACUAGAAGAAGUUGAAGUUGAUGAUUCUUCAUUCUGUCGUUUUGGGGAUCGAUAUUAAUACUACUAUAAUUUAGGUGGCGAUUAAUCAUUAAUGUUGUGCCGGCCAGGUCCUUCUCUGCCUGCCUGCCUGCCGGUGGUGGUGAUAUUUGUACGUAUCACGUAUGCAUAUGACAUGGUGCUAUCUGUUAUCAUUCAUUACCUUUCCAUGUGGCACUAAAACUGAAAGUGGCGAUUCUGUUGCCAAUUUCACAAUACCUACAGCAUUGUACUUCUACCUAAGCGGAGAAAAUUAUACUAAUAAAAAAGUAACAAAGAUCGUCAGUUUCA